UUGAAGCGCUGUAUUAUUAUUCUGUAUUCUAUAUGAGCUUCACUUCUCUCCUGCCACGGCUCAAUUCGGGCAACGGGCUUGUCGUUUUGUCUUGUCGACGUCAGAUCUUCUCCUUUCCCUCGCCAGCUGCGGCUACAUUCGUCACCCUGGCUAAUCACCGCCCACGCCCCUCCGCACCUGCACCAGGCUGCCCCACCAAGACCGCUACCGUCAACAAAAUCAGCUCGCGGACACAGUUGCUGGCAGGACACUUCCAUUCCAACCCCACCAUCACCACCUCCACCUCUGCACAAACCGCAACAAUGGUCUACACCGCGAGGAAAAUUGGUGCCGCCAACACCCUCGAGCACCGCAUCUUCAUCGAGAAGGAUGGCGUGCCCGUCUCGCCUUUCCACGACAUUCCUCUGUAUGCCAAUGAGCAGCAGACAGUUCUCAACAUGAUCGUCGAGGUUCCCCGCUGGACGAACGCAAAGAUGGAGAUCUCCAAGGAGGAGCAACUCAACCCCAUAAAGCAGGAUAUCAAGAAGGGAAAGCUUCGCUACGUCAGGAACUGCUUCCCCCACAAGGGUUACCUGUGGAACUACGGUGCCUUCCCCCAGACAUGGGAGGACCCCAACGUUGUCCACCCCGAGACCAAGGCCAAGGGUGACAAUGACCCAUUGGACGUCUGCGAGAUCGGCGAGCUGGUCUCCAAGCCCGGUGAGGUCAUCCAGGUCAAGGUCCUUGGCGUUAUGGCACUCCUUGACGAGGAGGAGACCGACUGGAAGAUCAUUGUCAUCAACGUGAACGACCCGCUUGCGCCUAAGCUCAACGAUGUCGAGGACGUCGAGCGCCACUUGCCCGGUCUUCUGAGGGCCACCAACGAAUGGUUCCGCAUCUACAAGAUUCCCGAUGGCAAGCCCGAGAACCAGUUCGCUUUCUCCGGCGAGUGCAAGAACAAGAAGUACGCCAUGGACAUUGUCCGUGAAUGUGCUGAGGCUUGGGAGCGACUCAUCACUGGCAAGACCAACAAAGGCGAUCUCUCUCUCGUCAACGGCACCGUGUCCCACUCCGCUGACCGCACUGACACUACCCAACUGAACAUCCCCGCUGGCGAGAACCAGUCCCCUGCGCCAAUUGACCCCAGCAUCGACAAGUGGUUCUUCAUCUCCGGUGCCCCCUCUGGUUAGAGCAGAGCAGUAUGGGAAGGAUGGGCGAGAAGAGGUGAAGCUAUGUGUAACAACAAGUUGUAGAUUGCACAGUUGAAAAUGUGUGGUAUAUUCAGGAUGGCGGUGAACGUGGUCCAGGAUCGCAUAUACAACGACGACCAACCACAACCAGUUUGUAGCGUCUGCUGAUACCCCUCCCAAUCCCAUAACUCCAAUACAUGCAAUACAAAUACACCAAUCGUACCAUAUACAUGAUGUGCUGUGUGCUUCCAUCAAUUGCCCGAUAACUCCUCCUUCCUUGCUAGUUGACGUGAAUGCCGGUCCACCUCCUCCAUGACCUCCGUUAUUCGCAUCUUCUCUAGCUCUAGAUUCAUCUCUUUUCCAUCCUCUGCAUGAUAUAUAAGCACUCGUGGUUCCUUUUCC